AUGGUAGAGGUAGCGCCCCUUGUCAACCAUCCUGUCGGCCGGGCUCUAGAACAGUAUCUCCUCGACACGUAUAAAGACGAUGGUUUACGCCGAUGGCCUAUCGGGUCCAUUACAGAGGUGUUUUUCCAUUGUCUGGGCAUAAUUUCCUUUGUGGACGAUGUGACUAAAUCGAAAAGAAACCCAGGUCAGGUUGAUGCAGCUUUGGACUUUCUACUCGAGCUGGUCAAACUUCCUGCCAUCUCUGCCUCCCAACUGGCCAUUAUCUGCUCCUACAAGGCAAAUGUGAGCCUUGUUGAACGGCGCCGCGAGCGACUCAGAUACGCCGCUCUUGCCGAGAUGCCACCGGCCGCGACCGUUGACUCUUUCCAGGGCCGCGAAGCGGACAUUAUUGUGGCCAUCAUGGGUACCACCGAAGCGGUUGGCCCAGGAUUUACUACAGACGAGCACAGAUUAAAUGUUCUGCUCAGUCGCCAGAAGAGCGGCCUUUUGAUUCUCGGCGACAUCAAUGUCCUGGGUGAUAACAAAACUUUCAUUCAUCCAGAAACAAUCACCCGUCCAAGUACCAUUAUUGGUCUCCUCCAGCGCUGGUACAUCUCACAAUCAGUGCAUGAAGUUCAAUGGCCAGAAUAUCAAGAGCUUUAG